CGUUGUGAUUGGUUGUUUUACAAGUCGGAUGAUUAUUGUCAUUUUUUCAGUUUAUUGCGCUUGACGUACUUCUGAUUCUAAUAUUAUAGAUUGUUUUAAUUGAGCAACUAAUAAUUAAAAUAGUAUUUAAUAAAAUGGCUGAUCCAGGGGGAUGGCCAGCUACGCAAGAAACGGAUUUUUCAUUUCAAGAAAACGAAAACUUUAAUUUCAAUGAAAAUCUUGAGAUAGACGAUUUGCUUACAAAUUGUGAUUUUUUAAAAAGUGAAAUCCCCUAUAGUGAUGGAACAAUUUCUCCUUCAUUAAAUGAACAUAUGCCUAUAGGUGAAAAUAUAUUUGAAAUUUUUAAACAGGAUAUUAGUGAUGACUGUGAGGAUUUCAAAGAUUUAGAUAUAUUGGAACAAACACCAAAUACUAAAAAUAUUUUAACACCACCAGAAACGAUACUUAACGAGCAACAAAUUCUGUCUGUUCAACAAGAUGUAUCAUCUGUACAAACUAAAGCACAUAAAAUACCUGUAGUACCACCAGUAUUUAGUUCACAAUACACUAUACCACAGAAUAUGAACAUUAAUGCUCAGUCUCCAGUAGUUACUUUCACACCAGUUACACAACAAAGACAAUUAUUUUUACCUGCUAAAAUAUUAAAGUCAGACAAAGUCGUUUAUUCCAAUAGAGCGCAAACUAUCACAUCUAAUUCUGUACCGCAUCAAAUACAUACCAUAGUAAAAACUCCAAAUGGAACAGUAUUAACUACUGGUAUUCCUGUAGUCUUAGAUGGUGAUAAAGUUCCGAUAAAUCGUUUAAAUUCUAACACUCAAAUUGGCGUACCAAGGGUUAGAGAAGUUAAGCGUAGUGCUCAUAAUGCCAUUGAGCGACGUUAUAGAACAUCUAUUAAUGAUAAAAUUACUGAAUUGAAAAAUAUUGUUGUUGGCUGUGAUGCCAAGUUGAACAAGUCAGCUAUACUGCAGAAAACAAUUGAUUACAUAAAAUUUCUUAAGAAUUCUAAUGCCAAAUUGAAAGCGGAAAACAUGUCACUUACGUUUGCAAACCAAAGACAAAAUUUACGCGAUUUAUUGGCAAUUGGUGAAUUAACGCCACCACGUUCAGAUUCUAGCGAACCAUCACUAUCUCCAGCUUCGGCACAGUUAUCUCCAGCUUCACCUUCAUCUAUAAUGGAAGAACCAGAUGCAUUACAAAAUAUUCAUACAGUAAAUAAACAAGAAGUAGGAAUGAGAGAUCACACCAGGUUAACAUUAUGCGGUAUCAUGUUCAUGUUUUUGAUAUUUAAUCCUUUAGGCACUAUUUUGAAUAGUGUAGAAAAGUUUAAUUACAAGUAUUUAAGUACAAAGGUGGAUGGACGAACUAUUCUUGAUUUUCAAGAAUCUACCGAAACAGAUAACAGAUUAUGGAAUAAUAUAUUUCUAUGGUUUACAAAUAUAAUCCUCUUAAUUGGUGGCUUAUGUAGAUUAUUUUUAUACGAUGAUCCAAUUCUCCCAGCAGAUAGUAAAAUACUUUUGGAACUUCGUCGCUGGAGACGUCAAGCAGAAUUUAAUAUAUCAAAGCAAGAAUAUAGCCAAGCUUACAGGGAUUUACAUAAAUGUUUAAAAUAUUUUAAUCGUUCGUUUCCAUUAUCUCGUACUGAAAUUGUUCUCGUGACUACUUGGCAAGCGAUACGACAAAUACUUCAUAAACUGUGGCUUGGAAAAUGGGUUCUUAAUUUAAGUAAAUACUUUAUUGGAAAAUCAGAAAGGCAACAAGCUAAAUUGUCAGCUAUGGAGUUAGCUAUUGUUUAUCAGCACAUGUUGUGUUUACAUUUAUCUGAAGGACCCAAAAAUGGUACACUUUAUCUUGCUUUUUCUGCUAUGAAUUAUGCUGAAAUUGCGGAUGAAAAUAUGCCAAAAGCACUGUUGGCAGAAAUCUAUAUUAAUGCGGCAUUAUGUUUUAAAAAGUAUCUUUUCCCAUUUAUUCAUAAAUAUUAUUUGGGUAAGGCACGAAUGUUAUUAUUUUCGUGCACUGUACCAUCUAAAUUAAAAUGGAUCAUGAACGAUGAAGGUGCAAGAUUUGUAGCCACACAAAAAUGGCAAUAUGGUGUACAAUCAGAUAGCGAGUUUACCUCUCAAAAUAAUAAAGCAGAUCCUUUAUCAUUCGCAGCACGUGCUUAUAGAGAACAUUUGAUUACACAAUGUUUAAAAUUAUUAACUGGCACUGCUGGAGAUUCACAUGCAUCUACCGUAUUGGAAUUGGCACGAAAUAUAAUAGCUUCUACAGAAGUAGAUAUUUGUUUUCCAAGUACGGAUAAAAUCAGUGUAGCAGAUGAAAUUGGUCUUUGGUGGGGAGCAGUUAUUUGUGCUGCAGCAGCAUGGAGAUUAGGAGACGAAGAUGAAACUGUUUGGAAUAUUAUAAAAAAUAAAUUUCCUUAUGAAAAAAAUUUUCAACCGUGUAAUAACAGUAAUCGUAGUCCAUUGCCAUACGCCGUCUUUAACGUUUUGCAAGCAGCUAAACAUUCUUCUAAAAUAGUUUCAAUGCGUUUAAUGGAUCAGGCAGGAAUAUUGUUAGAAAAAUCCAUAUGCUAUUAUCAUUGUAAACAACAGUUGUCUCCAAAUGUUAUGCUUACACAAUUAUGGCUUUGCGAUUGGUUAUUAGAGAUGCGUACUAUUUUAUGGCAAGAAUUUGAUGGAGGAUUAGAAAAACCAAUUAGUAAUGCAUUUCUUACUAAUUUUCAAAGAGAUUUAGCAUGCUUAAGGCAAUUAUGUCAACAUAUGUCAUGUAUACUACCAAGAGUAUUCUUAUACGAAGCUACAGUACGUAUUAUGGCAGGAGCGGCACCAGUAAAAACUCAGACUUUAUUGGACCGUAGUUUACAUCAUAGAAAUUCACGUUCAUCUAUUAUUUGUGGAAAAGAUAGAUCCCAAGAACAAAACAACGGCGAAAGAGAACAUGCAUUCGCAUUGUGCUUAGCAUGUAAACAUUUACCAACCUUAUUAUUGUCUUCACCGGGUGAACGUGCCGGUAUGCUUGCAGAAGCUGCUAAAACUUUUGAAAGAAUUGGUGAUAGGAAAAGACUUCAAGAAUGUUACAAAUUAAUGCAUCAACUUGGUCCAGCUAUUUCUGUUAAUUAAUUUUACUACUUAUUAUAUUAUAUUAUAUUUAUACAACAUUAUAUUCAUAUUAAAUUAUUAUAUUUAUAAUAUAUGAAUAUGUACAUCGAAUGUAAUUGACGUCAUUUUAUAAUCAUAAAUGUAUAAAUUGUACAAUUAGGUUUAAAA